AUGCAUUUUUCACUUUCUCUUCUGGCUUCCCUAGUCUUCCUUUCAGCCACUUCAGCAGCUCCAUCCGUUUCCCGCGACGCAGGAAGUCUCAGUAAGAGAUGUACUAACUCUGCAAGCGACCGUUCUUGCUGGGGAGACUACGACCUUACCACAGAUUACUACACUACUGUGCCUGAUACCGGGGUGACUCGAGAGUACUAUCUUGAACUCGUCAAUACUACGGCAUCCUUAGAUGGAGUUGAGAGAAUGGCAUUGCUUGUCAACGGAACCUUUCCUGGUCCGACUCUAUUCGCAGAUUGGGGGGACACUGUCGUUGUUAAACUGUACAACGGGCUAGCAAACAAUGGAACAAGUCUUCAUUUCCACGGUAUCCGCCAGAACUACACCAACCAACAAGAUGGAGUUGCUUCUAUUACGCAAUGCCCAACUGCUCCAGGAGAUACAAUCACUUACACAUGGAGAGCGACUCAGUACGGCUCCACUUGGUACCAUUCUCAUUUCGCUUUGCAGGCGUGGGAGGGUGUCCUUGGCGGCAUCAUCAUCAAUGGGCCAGCCACAGCAAACUAUGACAAUGACAUGGGCCAUAUAUUCCUUAACGACUGGACCCAUGAGACUGCAGAUACAAUGUACCAUGUGGCUGAGACAUCUGGACCCCCUACACUUGACAACGGCUUGAUCAAUGGCACGAAUACUUACGGAACUCUGGGUGCACGUUUCAACACCACUGUUGUAGCUGGAGAGUCUUACAGAAUCAGACUCGUCAACGGUGCAAUUGAUACUCAUUGGAAAUUCAUGAUUGAUGAGCAUGAAAUGACAGUCAUCGCCAUGGAUCUCGUGCCAAUUGUUCCGUACACGGCAACCACCUUAUCCAUCGGCAUGGGCCAACGAUAUGAUGUUGUGGUCACAGCUACUCAAUCAUCUGGAAACUACUGGCUUAGGAGCAUGCCUCAGACAGCGUGCUCCGAUAACGACAACACUGACAACAUCAUGGGAAUAUUCAUGUAUGACAGCACAAACACAACCGAACCCAGUUCCAGCGCCUACAGCUAUACCGACUCCUGCAAUGAUGAAGACAUGUCUACUCUCGUUCCAUAUCUCUCCAAGACUGUCUCUACUGAGUCAGAAGACGAUGAUUUUGCGGUCACAGUCGGUAGAAGCAACAAUGUGUUCAAGUGGUACAUGGUGGGAACCACUUUUGAAGUCGAAUGGGAAGAUCCAACACUUCUCCAAAUCUACGAAGGCGACACCAAUUAUACAACCUCAUCCCAUGUGAUCGAACUCCCUACUGCAGAUGAGUGGGUUUACUUCAUCAUCGAGACCACCCAGGCAGUUCCUCACCCAAUUCAUCUCCACGGCCACGAUUUCUUCGUCAUUGCCCAAGGCUCAGGAACCUACGACUCAUCCACUGUCGCCUUGACCACUGACAAUCCUCCUCGCCGAGAUACCGCCAUGCUUCCAGCUUCGGGUUACCUCGUCAUUGCCUUCGAGACUGAUAACCCAGGUGCAUGGCUCAUGCACUGCCACAUUGGAUGGCACACAUCUGAGGGUUUUGCUCUCCAGCUCGUUGAGCGUAUCGAUGAUAUCGCUGCUAUUACUGACUACGAUACCCUCAACUCUACUUGCGCUGCGUGGAAUUCCUAUGUCGACGAGUCUGGCGUUGAAUCCGAAGACUCUGGAGUGUAA